UUGGAACAUACUUUUCGGUUUAUUAUCCUCAAAAUUAUGGAAAACAAAUAAUUAAAUGUUUUGGGGUAACACUGGAACCAAAAACUAAGAACUAUGCUUUUAUUUUAGAAGCACGAGAGGGAGACUUAUAUCAUUUUGCAUGUAAAAAAUUUGAUGAAUUUACAUGGAAGAAAAAAAUCAAGUGUUUAUGUGACAUUGUUAAAGGAAUUAAAGAAAUUCAUGAUAAGAAUAUUAUACAUCGAGAUUUACAUAGCGGCAAUAUUCUUCUAAAUGAAUUUGUGGAUCAUUCAUUGAAUACAUUUGGAUACGCUCACAAAAUCAAACAAUAUCAUCCAAAACAAUAUAAAAUUUGGUUUGGUGCUGAAAAGAAACGACUUGAAAUGAUUAGAUCAAAAAAACCAUUUGUAAAAAAACCAGGAUAUGAACAUCCGAAUUCUAGAUAUUAUAGCACAUCAUUAAAUUCUAUGUUAGAAUCCUUUAAUUCAACAAUAUCAGGUCAGGUAUUUUUAAUUAUUUCGUCAUAA